AUGUCUACAGUCCCUGAGGACGGUGCUCCUAGCGUGGGAAUGUUGGCAAUCCAGUCACUGGACUUCCUCGGGGUCGACGCGCCACAUAUCUCCGUUGAUACUCUUCGGUUGGAGGAAAGCCACGAAGCAAAACCUACGGUGCCCAUUGAGAGCAUCGGCGACAGCAUGUAUUCUCUGGCUCGCCCUCGUCACCGCCCUGGUACUGGUGGCCGUAAGCUGCCCACGCUACCCCCUCCGCCACGACCACAGAACAGCCUCGACAAGGCUGAUAGCGCCGAUCCUCUGGUUCGCAAUCGUCCCGCUCCUGGUACUGGUCCUCAACUGCCCCCGCUGCCUCCUCCACCACGUCCGCAAAACAGCGUUGACAAUGCUGAUAGUGUCGGUCCUCUGGUUCACCCUCGUUCCAUUCCUGGUAGUGGGGGUCCUAAGCUACCCCCGCUGCCCCCUCCGCCAGGUCCGCAAAACGGCCUUGUCAAAGUCGCCGCCGGUCUGUUCGAGCGCGUGGUGUCCCGGGUCCAACUCAUGGUCCGCAGCUCUGGUGGCGGAGGAGAAGGCACACCCUCCCCGUCGGACACUGCUAAUCAGCCAAUGUCGUCGCAUUCGGGCAUCUCUAAUUCGGCCAUUGCCUUCUUCCUCGCAGCGGCCGGCUUCUUCUUCCUCUCACUGAUCUGGAACCUGUAUAUUCGCUUCGGCUGGGUCCGGGAUAAAGCCCGACAGACGGACUUGGAUGCUGUGGGAGCCAUGCAUCUUGGAUCACUGGGCGGAGACGGAUGGGGUGAGGGUAGAGGGAAGGCUCGUCGCAGUCCUGGUGGGUGGUUGCGCGCAGCUAAUGCGACGCCGACCCCCGUUGCUGCUGUCUGA